AUGGGGUCAUUUAUCUUUAGUUUGGCCCAUUUCUGCGAAACUCAUGGGCCAACAGUCGUUUUGAAUACCCAGCAUAUUGCGACUGAGCAGCAUGAAAAGCUGAUAUCAAGCAAUUACGAUCAGCAAGCUUGUGAAUCGUGUAAACUACAAUUACCCGGUGGAUCAAGUACAUUAACAAGUAUAGAUAACGAAGUGACAUAUGUCUCUACUCAAUACCCCACGUCCCAGGCAAAGUACUCCAUUCUUCGGCAGGUUGCCAUCAAGUGUUUAUCUGUUGAAUCUACUUCAGAGUUGUCACCUGUGAUGUUUGGGGAUCCCAUAUUAGGAUUUACUUUAGCAUGCAUAUUCAAGAUCUCUGAUAACACUGCUCGUGGAGGAGAAAGAAGAUACAGCGUGAUGAUCGUAGCAGAAGACGAAAGUGAGUUGAUUCAUUAUUGGAAUAUAAUAGCUACAAAUUUCAAAGAGUGGAUACACUGUAUCAAACAAAAGAGGGAACAGGUCUUAUCCAGACAAGCUGAGCAAGGCAAUAAUGAACAAUUUUUCAGAAGAACACAGCUAUCAAACAAAAACAUGGUCCAAUUACUGGAAGAUCCUCAAUUCUUCGUCAAAAUGCAUGUUUGGGCCAGUGGAGUUCUAAAACAGCUGGUCAAUUAA